GCCAGUGCUGCGCGGUAAUUUGCGCAAACCUGUAGAGCUCCACGAGUUUGUAGCGAUGCACGUGCGACCAUACUUACAAUCCAGUGAUUUCGACACAAACAGGAGAGACAAAAUUGGAUAAACGACAGCCGUCAUUGAAUUUUCUCAUGUCAUAACGACAAAAGAUGUUGACGUUCGAGACGCUUCUGGUGAAAGAGCUCCAAAAACAGCAGAGCAGGGCAGAGUUCUGUGACAUUGUGCUGCAGACCCGAGAUGUGUCUGUGCCUGUGCACAGCUGUGUGUUGUCUGCCUUCAGUCCUUGGCUCUGUGGGGCUCUGUCAGCCAUGCCAUCCCCCCGGAGUGGACAGAGGAGACUGAUUGAAGUCCAAGCUGUGGAGGCCUGUACGCUGCUCAGUCUGGUCAGUCUGCUGUACUCAGGUCAGCUGAACGAGGACAAAGAGGAAGUCCUGUCGGCAGCCUGCAAACUAGGCAUCGACAUACCUCAGCAAGUAGCAAAGAGGCCCGGAACUGAGCGAAACACACAGACGGAGUGCGUGAAAGAGGUGGCGGAGAGAGAGUGUCAAACUGAAACUGUCCCUUCUGAAAGUCAAAACCCCAAAGAGACCAUUGAAAGUGUUCAUUUGAUUGGCACGUCAUCAUGGAGGACCGAUCAGGGGCUCUGCACGUACACGGAUGGCUCUGAUAUCACCCUGGCCACACUACAAAACGUCCAGGUUAAUCCAGAGAACAUGCCUUCCUUUCAAGUCAUGGAUGUGGUCCCUGAAACCGCUAUAUAUCCCACAGCAAGUGGACCACCCUGCUUGCCCCAGGUCUACGAAUGUCCCCCUUCAGCUUCAUACCAACAGCCUCCAACCCCACUGCCACCUCACCCCUACCCUUCCCAUAGUACAAAUGUUGAGACACUGUCCAAUGAAGGCCAGCCAGCUUUGGGGCGUGUUUCAGAGGGUGAGGGGUGUGUUUUAGAAGCGUUUGCACGGUUUGAGAACAAUAUCCCAGGUUAUAUCAAUUACUUUCUUGACACCAACAUUGCACAGGGUGCAGUACAGAGGGAUCAGAGUCAGAGAGGAAUGAGAGGCGACUUCAAAACUGAGGGAAGGGCGAUGAGGGUGCGUAGGGCUGGGGCACGCGGAGGAUUUGCUCUGAAGGGAGAAGGGUUGAGUAUUUGUAAAAGAGAGCAAAACAUGAAUAGGUGUGGACGAGUGGCGAGGUCGGGCUGGAUGGGGCAAGGUGGGGGUAGAACUGGCAGCAUGCUAAACACCAGACAAAUGUUCAAGAAUCACGAGAGGCUUAAACGGAGACGACAAGGCAGAGGAGCGACGAAAGAGGAAGGAGAGAGAGGCAGGUCAUCAUCAAGGGGGAGACCCAGGCAGAGACAGAAAGGGAGCAGAGGCAGAUUGGUAGAACCAGUGCGACAGGAAACAGCUCCACCUCGAAGAGGGCGAAGAGGUCGCCCCCGCAAACAUCCCUUGCCCGAACCAGAUGUUUCCCAAAAUUUCAGUGGAAUUUCACCCCCUGAUCAAAAAACCAUGAACCCUUCAGCUCCAUCCCUGAUGCACACCGCCGCUCUCCCAGCAGCCAAUCAGAGCUGCCUCACUCAGCCAAUGGACUGGCUUAUAGAUGACGUCAUCGCGCAGCUCCCAUUUAUUCCCAACAAUCAAAAUGGAAUAACGACUACUGCAACUGUAGAUUCCAACAUGGAUCAUCCAAGAACACAGUCCUCAGUUAAGCUCGCGGAUCUGGGUAUAACCCAGCCACAGUCUGAAGGUGAGCUGUCUGACAUACUUGAUAGUUUUCUGAGAACGUUUGAGCAACACGUUAGUGUAUGCGAUUCGGACGUUCAAGAUGGGAUGGUGCCCAACAUAACAGAUGGAACCCAGACCUGUGGACAGUCCUCACAGAAUUUCACAGUCCACACACGCACAUCAAAUGCACAUGCCACUUCUAUGACCACAACAACACAGGGAUCAAAAGCCUCAUUAUCCAAGAACGGACCACGAGGAUCAUCUGCCCGUAGACCACAGAAGCCAUCAUGUUUUUGGCAGGUGUCAGGUGUGGAAAUGGAGAAAUCAACAGGACAGCACAGUGAACAGAGGCUGAAAUAUGGCAGGAUGACCAGAAGCCAGAGUAGGAAGAGGAAGCUGGAUGUUUUUGAAGAACUGCCUAGGAGAGACGAGCUUCUAGCCAAACACAAGAAAAAACGGAAAAAAGAACAGUUAGAGAAGAUGAGGGUAAAGGCUUCGCUACCAAAGAAGAAAAAGAGAAAGAAAACUAGCAGGCUGCAUAGUGAAGAAAAGUGCAGCGGCAGCACAGCUGACUCAAGCUGCAGUGUUACGAGUGCUUUAAGGAAAGUCAUAAACCCAGUUAGUGGCCACAACGUGAAGAAUGCCACACAAACAACAAAGAUAUUAGAGAAGACUUUGGAUCGGUCAAAAUCUUCGGAGUUGCAUGCUCACACAGAGUCCAGUCUUGUUAAACAGAAACAAGUGGGACGUCCUAAAAGAGACACGACUAAAUCUCUUCUAGAAGGAAGUACGUUAAAGGUGCAAUGCAUUACAGAGAGUUCACGACCCAAGCAAUCAGACACAACGAACAAAUCCACUGGGACCCGUCCAGCUCUUUCUGCUUUUGAGAUAAUGAAAAAGAUCUUGGGAAAUCAGCAGAAAAGAGAGGAAGAGCGAAAAGGAGAAGAAAACACAAUGUGGACUGUGAAAAAACAGAAAGUAAAGGAGAGCUUGACAAAUGCACAAGUACCUGGAGCUGAGGUGAACAUGACUGAGAAUAAAGAGAAGAAUGCUAGAAUCAGGGAUGAGGGGCACAAUAAUAGCAGAAUAAACCAAAAAGAUGAGGAAACAAGUGGGAGGAUGAAGGAGGCUGCCAAUCAAAAGAACAUUCUUCUUCAGCAGAAUCUGCCUUCAGCUGAUGGUGGCACCAUGUCAAAAGGAGAGAGGCUGAUGGAGGACAGCUACAGCAAUGGAAGAUUUGAGACUGCUCUCUCUCUCAAUGAUUCUCCUUUGCAAAGAUGCAGCACAGAAGGCCUCAUGCUUAAAAACACGACCGACAUGCCUUUUGUGUCACAUGCACUAGUCCCCACCACACCGCUAGAGAAACUUAGAAACACACAAGGGUCAGUAGCCAGUUCAGAAGAGGAUGAGGAUGUUGAUGUUGUGGAGGUCUCUAGUUCUUUGUCUGAGUCCUUCCCUGUGCUGCCAAUCACUGCCGAUGUUGUGCUCAGCACCGAGGAGGGGGACAGUGAUGAAGACGACGAGAUUGAUGUGAUAAGUUUAGGAUCUAAUUAAGCAUGUAGUAAUUUCUGUUACUGUUUAGCUUCAGAGUUCUUCAUGUGUGUUGGUGCAUAUUUGAAAUGCUUUUCAAAGUACCUUUUCCCUGUGUAUAAUUCAACAAAGAGUUCACAUGUGUGACCGUUGGCAGUAUUUGCUCUUUCGACUUUGGUGGCUUCAGUUUCAGGCAUCAGAAAUUUUUAUAAAUUUGAGUUCUGAAUGUUAAAGUUGUUUAUUUGUGUCACAAUCGUGUCUUAUCAUAAUUAGUUAGACGACUGUUAAUGCACACUGAGUUUUCUUGUCAUUUGCCAUCUUUUGUAGCCAUGUUCAGAAUUAAAAGACAUGGAUCCAA